CCCUAGAUAAAGGGCAGCCUCGCCUCGCCUCAUCGGAGGCGACAUUUUUGAUUAAGAAAAAAACAUGCGGGCAUGAAUGGUAGCCUGAUCGGAACUGCUUUUUACAUCGAGCCUGCCGCGCCAUUCACACCUUGACUGCCGCUUCCCGCACCAUCCCCGCCGCCGCUAUCCAGGUACACCAUGGCGGAUCCAUUGCGCGUCAACAUCUUGACAACGUUCAAUGGCGAUACUUCGCACUUUGAAGCGAGUGAUCGGUCAUAUCAAGCUGCAUUGCAGCAACCGCGUCUCCCUCAGAGGAGGAUUGUAGAUAUUACGGAGGAGUUCACAAAGGCCUGUAGUGCUCUCAAGGUCGGACAACUCGUAAAAGAUGAGCACUUCACAUUGUUCGAGUCCGUCUCGGCUCUGGAGAUCAUGGAUCCUAAAAUGGACAGCGGAUUUUUGCAACCAGGAGAAACUCUGGAAGAUGAAUAUGACACCCUGGCACCUCUGCUACCGGAAGAAGUCCUUGGUAUCAUGGACCAACUGCUUUGUUACGAGAUGGCAUGGCAUACGGGAUAUACCCUCUCGCAGACGCUCUUCACUUCGGUUUAUAUCGACAAGUUGCUCUGGCCGGAACCGAAGACGCUCGAGCAGGUGCAGUUCUAUAGGGGUUCCGUACCGGGCAGCAGGAGACCGGGACCGUUGUUAGAAGUGCUGAGAGCGUAUUGCCUAGGGUUGGUCAAGUGCUGCGAUUUUGUGAUUGCGAAGAUCACGGCGAGACAUUAUUUCGAGGAAGAGGAUUUUGCGACGCAUACAUAUCAUCGGACCUUGUUCCCGCAGAUUCCGCUAGAUGUGUUUCUGAGGGAAUUGGAUGCUGCGGUAGAACAAUUGGAUGACCCCGGGUUGACCAUCACGGAUUCCCUGAGAGGAGCCAUCACCGGGCGUCUCCUGUUCCGAAAGGCCUUCCUCCUCGCCCUAGAUCUCGACUGUCCCCUCCCUCAUUCUUCCUCGACAUGGCCUCCGGUCCUCUCCCUCCUCCCCUCCAUCUCCACCACCCAUCAGCUCAGUGUUCCCGUUCCCGGAGCCUUCAGCAACAAGAUUCAACGCCGCCUCGCCAGCACUGUUCCUCCCCGCCCAGUUGUCGAACUCGCCUUCUCAGACGCCUUCACCCACCUCAAGCAAUUAUGCCACGACUGCGAAGAAGCCACACGAGUCCUGACGAUCCCAAAAGACCCCAUCGAGUUUGAGAAUUUCCUUUGGGCCUCUGCCUCGCGCUUUCCCGCUCCAUUGUGCUACGCCAGAUCUUACUUCUCCACCCUCCUAACCGACGAAUCCACCGUCGUCUCCACCCCCUCCCUCCCUAUGCAGGACCUCCAACUCCUCGUCUUCCCUCCGCACUCCCCCCUCAUCGAUCCGGUGAACUGGGCAAUCGACCGCCCGAGGGAUAAUUCACUUCCGGAACCUCCGCGGUUACAGAUUGCCAUGCUGCUCGACGGUUUCCUGGAACGGGCCAGCGCGAGUAUCCUCGAUUACUGGACGGCGCUGGGCCAGAAUGCGUGUAGAUUACGAAGGCUAUUGACUCAUAUGAUACUGGGAUUCAACGAAUUGCAAAUGGAUGCCGCCGUCGUGGACGAGGAUCUCGCGCGCGUUGCCCAGGAGGUUCAAGCUAUGGAGGGCCAUCCCGGAGCCGUGAUGAUGCCCCGACCUCUCGAGACGUGGACGUACUUUAAAAAGCUGAGCCUGGUGGAGAAAUGCAUACUCCUGGGCUUCGCACAAGAUGUCUAUCUCCCCGAGGAAUUCGGCGGAAUGUACACGUUCCUCUCCCUCGUAACGACGCGCAAGGCCGCCCUCUUAGACACCAUCUACGCCCAUUUCUCCGACGUCGAAGCCCAGUAUAGAAGAACGGGGCGGCCGCCGGCGUGGGCAGAAGACGUAGCUGUGCAUCGAGACUGGUACAUUGACACCCUGAGGCAUUAUACGAAAGGGAUACAGCAUCUCAGCGCCGCGCUGGGCGUCUUCUACACCACGAUGAUGUACCUCGGUCUCGUAACGGGGGGCUCCAUAGGCCCGUUUGGCGAUCAUGCGAGACGGUACGAACUCCGCAUGCGUCCGUUUUUGGCCCUGGAUCCGGUCGAGGUUCCGGCGUGGGAGGACUUCAAGGCGCAUGUGCUGCCAUGGGGGGAGUACAGUAGUCCGGAUCGGGGGUUUGGUGAUGUGCUGAAGGGAGGCGCGGUGUGGGGUGGUCUUGAGCUUGAUCUCAGGCAGGCGAGGGAGGCAUUUGCGAGGGUGAAGAAGGCCGGGGCGGAGGGGAUGAGGGCGGUUGGGUCGAGGGGGGUUUGGGAGGGGGAGGUACAGGGGUUGAUGAAGAGUUGUGUCGGGUUGGGGGUUGCGGUUGUGGGGGUUAGGGGUGCUGUAGAGGGUGUGGACGUGGAUGGAGAUGGAGGGUGGAGGGGGAGAUUGGGUGUUAGGAUCGAGGUUCCCGGGAUUAGGGAUGGGGGGAAGGUGGAGAGAUAUUUGGAGGGGUGGGUUGUACCGAGGGUGGUGAAGAAUUAG